AUGGCCCCUGGUAAGAAGGAUAAUAAGCGCAAGGCUGCCGUCGCCGCCGCUGCCGCCGACUCGCCCGCGAAGAAGACUAAGAAAGUGGAAGCCAAACCUACCGAGGCUGCUAAGGAUUCCCCGAAGUCGAUCUUGAAAAAGAACGAGGAGAAUGGAACUGCCGCAGAGAAGAAAUCCGCUUCGAAUGUAAAGCUUAACAGCGAGCCAGCGCGCCAGAUCAAGCCUCGCAAGCGUGCUGCCGAUUUCCUUAGUGACGACGAUAACAGUGAGCCCGAGGUGGAGGCAAAGGCAUCCAAGACCGAAUCGGAGAAGAAGUCGACUAACAAGAAGACCAAGAAAGAAGAUGGUACUGCUGCUCCGGCUGCGAAAACAAAGCCGGCCAAUGCCAAAGCCACUCCCAAGUCGAAGAAGCCGGAGGUUGUCGCCGAAGAGUCCGAUGAUGACGACGAAAAGUUCGCCGCCUCUGAAGCCUCCGAGUCUGACGAGGAGGAGGACGACCGGACUGUUGCGCUUAUCAAGGGCUUUGAGAGUAGUGGCGACGAGGAUGAGUCUGGCGAUGAAGGCUAUGAUCCUAGCCAGCCCAUCCCUAAGAUCCCUGAUUCGAAGAAAGCCAAGCGCAAGAUUUUGAAGAAGCAGAAGGAAGAGAAAGCGGGUAAAGCUGAUGAACCUGGCACUGUAUAUAUUGGACGUAUUCCCCACGGUUUCUACGAACACCAAAUGCGGGCAUACUUUUCGCAAUUUGGAGAAAUCACUCGUCUGCGUCUGUCGCGGAAUCGCAUCACCGGCCGCUCAAAGCAUUACGCUUUCGUGGAGUUUGAAUCGGCUUCUGUAGCGAAGAUCGUUGCGGCUACCAUGGAUAACUACCUGAUGUACGGCCAUAUUUUGAAGUGCAAAUACGUGCCGGCGGAACAGUUGCACCCGGAGGUCUGGAAGGGUGCCAACAGACGGUUCAAGCGCACUCCGUGGAACCGAAUCGAGAAGAAGCGCCUCGAGAAGGGCAAGACAAGGGACCAGUGGUCUGAGCGCAUUGAUCGGGAGCAGAAGAAGCGCCUUGCCAAGGCUGAGAAGCUGAAGGCUCUCGGAUACGAGCUCGAACUGCCGCAAUUGAUGAGUGUGAAUGAGGUCCCUGCUAAAGGGGGAAAUAAGGCCAUUGAAGCCCCUGAGGAGGCAGAAGAUAAUGAUCUCAAAGCUCUCGAGGCUCCUAAGGAGAUGAAAGCAGAGAAGAAGGCUAACGAUACCACAAACAAGUCCAAGAAGGAGAAGAAGGGAGGCCAGCCUGCAGCUGAGAAAGAUACCCCCAAAGAGGAUGGAGAAAAGGCGACCCCCAAGAAGGCGGCCAAUGAUGCCACUGCUUCGUCUACUGUGAACGGAGCAAAGGCCAAGAAGGCGAAAAGCAAGGUUAAGUCUAAGGUGUAG